CAAAAUGCAGGAAGAUGGCGUACGUAAACAGUCGCGUUGUGGCUGUUACUUCAAACUUGGCGAAAAAGUUGUUCAAUCCUCGCCGAAAUGGCGCUAACACCUACGGAAAAACACAAGAAUUGGUCCUGAUAUGUAGUAAAAAUGCAGGAAAAGCAACAACUGGUCAUGGCACAUUGAAAUUGGCAAAAGAAUAACGACAAAUUGCGAGAAAAGGGUACUACAAGAACUGGAAGUGCAGUUGAGAUACAUUCACGAUGAAUAAUCUGACAAAUUUGACAGAAAAUGCCACUGCUACCGCUCUUCCAGAAGCUUAUGGAAAUACACAUCAGUCUCCGCCAUAUGCCAUACUAUUUAUAUUUACAGUUUGUGCACUUGGAGCAAUCGUCAGACAGGUUAUGAAAGGAUGGCCCAUUCCGUACACUGUGGUUCUCAUCGUUCUUGGGUGUUGUUUCGGAGCAAUAUCAGGGACAUUUCCAGAACUUCAAAAAUACACAACAAUGGCAAGCCAAAAUCCUCACCUUAUCCUCACCACCUUCCUUCCUGUUCUGCUGUUCGAGUCUGCAUUUGCCAUGGAUGUCCAUAUCUUUAACAAGCUCUUCUCGCAGGUUCUCCUACUUGCUCUGGUUGGUCUGGCCAUAAGUGCUGCUAUGUCAGGAGUCAUGGGAAAAAUGAUUUUCACUUAUAACUGGACAUGGCUUAAUGCCUUCAUGUUCGGUGCUAUUAUCAGUGCUACAGAUCCUGUGGCAGUUGUUGCUCUUCUUAAUGAUUUAGGUACAUCAAAACAGCUAGCAACGAUCAUAGAGGGCGAGUCUCUGUUGAAUGAUGGCAUGGCGAUCGUCAUGUACAAGAUCUUUUAUAACCUGUCUUUUAGCUCUUUGACUCCGACGGAGAUUGGCCUGUACUUCCCUCGAGUCGCUGUAGGUGGGUACUUCUUUGGUCUGGCUGCGGGUAAAAUCACUGUGUUCUGGCUACAACGAGUUUUUAACGAUGCUAUGGUUGAGAUAACCAUCACACUUGUUUCCACUUACCUGACGUUCUACAUUGGAGAAGAAGUUCUCGGCAUAUCAGGCGUCAUUGCGGUGGUCAUCCUUGGGAUUGAAGUAAAUGCACAGAAAACCAGUAUUAGCCCAGAGGUGGAGGUGUUCCUUCACAGAUUCUGGGAGAUGCUUGCUUAUCUCGCUAACACCCUCAUCUUCAUUAUGGCCGGGGUUGUCAUUGUCGAGCAGACCCUACACUCGUUCGAGCCAUUUGAUGCGUUUCUUCUGGUCGUAGAUUAUUUGGGCAUCACAGUUAUCAGAGCGUUGGUCAUUAGUUCACUAUCACCUAUCCUUAUGCACAUUGGCUACGGUUUCACCUGGCAGACGGCUGUGGUGGUGUGCUGGGGCGGACUGCGCGGGGCCGUUGGCUUGGCACUGGCAUUGCAAGUAUAUAUCGACCACGAAGCCGUAGGACACAAGAUUUUAGUGCACACGGCUGGUAUUUGCAUUCUCACGCUAUGUGUAAACGCGACCACCAUGAAAAAACUCCUGGAGAAAAUGGGAAUGAGUGACAUCUCAGACUCUCGCAUUAUCGCCAUGACGAACGGGGUCAAGCGGAUCAAGGAAAGUAACAACAGCACGCUGACUAUGCUGAAAGCGGAUCGCUUCCUCGCUGAUGCUGACUGGUCGCUUGCAGAGAAAUACUGCGACAUCCAUAACCCAUACGUGGACUAUGAUAGCGAAGGAGAGGUUGAUUCGGAAACGCCCACCCUCAUUCGCCACAGCACGUGCCCAAACUGCGAGGCUAGCGUUCCUAACGAGCCAUCUCCGAAGGAGUUUGCCGAGAUGGCCGAUGACGGCCGUGUACGCAUGAUCAAAGCGCAGAAGGUCAGCUUCUGGAAACAGUUUGAGCACGGCAUGUUAUCCCGUGAGGCUGUGCAAGCGCUCACUCACUUGGCAGACGAAGCCUCAGACGAAGCAAAUAAGAUCAUAGAAGCAGAGGAUCUAACGGCGUACUGGAGGAUUCCGCCGUACCUCCAAAAAGUGCGAGAUAAGCUGGAAUCUAUAAGGCAUCUGAAGGCAAGCGACGCCAUCCCUCCACCGAAGACGCCCGUUCAGUUGUUCAUGUACAAAGUCGCGGCGCACGUCAUGUUCGACGCCACCAUGAACGGUCUUAUCCUUCUCAAUGUCAUCCCCAUCAUCUUCGAGCUCGAGGCUGACGACAAUGCAUCAUACCUUCCUACUCUCAAAAUAAUAAACUACUUGUAUGUGACUCUCUAUACAAUGGAAACAAUAUGGAAGAUCGUUGCAUUCCGUAUCUACUACUUCAAGGCUUACUGGAACUUGUUGGAUCUAUUCAUCGUCGCUCUUUCCUUCAUUGAUAUCAUCAUUGACCAAGCAGCGUCCUCUUCCGAUGACACUAGCUUUUCUUCGACGUUUCUUAAAACAGCUCGGAUCUUCCGAGUUCUGAGAAUGGGCAGGCUGCUAAGGCUAAUUAAGUCCGUCGUCCCUAAAAUAAUCGACUUCGUUAACAACAUCGUAAAUCGCAAGCUGAGCUUUGGUUACGAUGUGGGAAAAGGGUACAUUGUCGCCGAAGAAGAGGUCAACAAACUUAUCGAUCACAUGGUGGUGGACAAGAGAAUCUCGCGAGACCUGAAAUCCAGAUCAGAUCAGAACAGACUAGAGGUGGUAAAGAGUCUUGGAAUGCUUCAGCGUGAGCAUCCAGGUAUCGCAAUUUCCGUCAAGACAAGACAAGCCACUAGAACGGUGCUGAAUAAUGCUAGAGACGUCAUCAACGAGCUGAGAGGCGGUGGCCUACUCGACGAGGCCGAAUCGCACAAACUAGAAUCGAUCAUUGAGACCAAAAUGAAGCGUCAACUAAACGCUCCCGCGUACAUCCCACCCCAGUCCCCUGAAUCUCUGCUGCGAAACGUGGUUUGGCUUGAUAACAUGGAGCCGGAGGUGAUUGAUGACAUCACGAGCAUCGCGGAGAUGAGGGUGUUUGACUUUGGGCAUACCAUUGCUAAGCAAGGAGAAGAAGUGGACGGGAUCUACCUUAUCGUAUCUGGCAUGGUCAAGAUGAUCGGCGUGUCGGUAGCCAAGUGGAACAAGCCGUCAGAUGGACAGGUUGGCGACAUGAUCGUGUCCACAGAUUACAUGUCAGCCGGUAACCUGAUCGGAGAGUUUGGCCUGUUGACCGGCUCCACCCGGAACUCCUCUUGCACUUGCGAAACUUCAGUUCAAGCGUACUUCAUGCCCAAGGACAAACUACUAAAAAUAAUGGAAACGCACUCUGAUCUUCACGACCGGUUGUGGCGCGUUUGUGGCGUGCGCAUCGCAGUUCCUCUCCUCCUGGAUAUGUUGGUCUACCACAAUUGGACUAAGGACAAGAUACGGCUGAUGUGCGAGCGUUCGUACUUGGCUAAACUACCUGGACCCGGUAUCAACUCCAUGUUUCGCAUCUCGUCCAUGAUGCAAGAGGUACUGCUCAUCCAAGGCCGCGCCACGUGCACGUCCACCAACGAGGCGCACAUCGGACCUUGCAUUCUGCCAAAGAUGUACAAGACCUUUAGGCUGCACUACGAUAAGGAACCCAAGAUCUUGGUCAUCGUGCGUGUCAACGAGAACCCCGUGUCAGAGGAUAUAGGGGAUACACCCUCUGCCCUUGAUCUCUUGGGUAUUACACACAGCAUGACACGAGGGCGGUCAUCCAGCUUCACUGGUCGCCGAGCAUCAUUCGGACAGAUAGACGACGAAGGCCACUUCCGACAGCGAAGGCUUUCGGGUAUUUACGACGGUGGCCGAAGACUCGAACCACUCCCGGAAAGCUACGAUCGGAACGUAACGAAAGUCCUUGCCAUCUCCGACUCGGAGGAAGUCAUUCAUCAUGACAAGAUUCUAUGAACGUUCUCGCUCUAACCUUAUUCAAUGUAUACACUUGUUGACUUAGUUUAGUUUGUGCAUAUUCUUUUCAUUAUAAUGGAAUCCUAAAACAAUAAUGACACUAUUGUAGGAAAAGCUUUUUAAUACAUAGCUACAUUUUUAUCUUCUUCUGAUUUUCUACAAGUUAUCCGGUGAUUAGUAAACAGAAAAGGGUUUCAUUUGA